AUGUUUACAUUCCGCGCAGGUCAACCCCCACAGCGUCCACCAACUCUCGCACCCAACCCUGCGCUCGGGGGGCCCUUCCGCGGGCCCUAUCAAGGCUAUGGGAUGCCCCAGCGGAACGUCACACCAGCAUACCCGAUUCUGCCUAACCAGCGGACGGUCGUGCCUCAGCCAUCACCCAAUUUCCUGCAGCAGCGCGGGCAAAGCAAUUUCCCGUUCAACGCUGCCGGCCUCCAGCAACAGCAGGCGCAAACGCCAGCCCAGCUCUCCGCACAGCAGACGACGCUUGCGCAUGCAGCUCACCAGCAACAAACGCAAGGGUCCGGCGCCAGUUCGACCCUUCCCCCGCACUUAGCGCAAAAUGCAGCGCCCAGUCUCGGGACGGCCCCCUCGGUGUCGUCGCAAAGCGAGGUUGGCCUCGAUCCGAAUGACUUCCCCGCACUGGGAGCAACGCCCGCGAACAACUCAUCGGCGGCAUCAAGUGGGAACACCGCGAGCUAUGCGACGCAGGCGGGGACAGGAGCGGGGGCUAGCGGGGCGCAGGCUGGGAAUGGGGCAGCGGUCAAUCAACCACGAGACUUCACGGCGGAAGACUUCCCUGCACUAGGAGGACAAAGCCAGGCGACACCGCAACAGGCGCAACAAGCUCAACAAACACCUACAGAGGGGCACCCCCCCGGGUUGAACGGCUUUCAGCACGCAGACCAGCAACAUCGACAGAACCUCCUCGGCUCGCUAACAAGCGGGGCUCCGGGGCAGCAGCAACCUGGGUUGUUGAAUUUGGGGCAGACGAGAAAUGUGCAUCCGGGCUUCCAGUCUGAGGCGGACAAGCAACGGACGUACCCUGUGAAGAACAACCACGCCAACGCUGCAGCGUGGAACUCCCCCAAUGUAAAUCCCAGCGCACAGCAAGUGGGAACUUUCCCUAACGGGCAACAAAACCAUGUCCAGAACGCGCAGUCACAAACACCCGGGCAGCAGCCACAACAGCAGCAAGGACAGCAUUUGAACGCUCCCCCAGGCGUACCACCACCAGCCUUCUCCUCCCAGCAACCAACACCUGCGCAGCAGACGCCAUACGUUGCGAAUGGAACCGUUGCAGUGCCACAAACGCCGGCCCAGCAAGUACUCAUGUCACCCGCGGACCGCUGGGGGCUUCUGGGGCUACUAGCGCUCAUCAAGAGCGGGGACCCCGAUUCAAGUCUGCUCGCAAUAGGCACAGACCUGGGGACGAUGGGGCUGGACAUGCAGAAUCCUGGAAGCCUAUACUCAACGUUCAUCACCCCUUGGGCCGACUCGUCAGCCGCGCAUACAGUAGAACCAGACUUCCACUUGCCGGCGUGCUACAACGUGCAACCGCCUCCACCGGGGCCGAACAAGGCUGCUGCGUUCAGCGAUGAGACGCUGUUCUUCAUGUUCUACGCGUCGCCGCGAGAUGCCCUGCAGGAAAUCGCUGCACAGGAGCUGUACAACCGGAAUUGGCGGUACCACAAGGAGCUGCGUCUCUGGCUCACGAAGGAAACCGGCACCCAGGCAUCACAGAAGGUGCCCGGAGGCGAGCAAGGCACGUACUCGUACUGGGAUCCGGAGAUGUGGGAGAAGGCCCGCAAGGAGAUGACGGUGCUCUACUCCGACCUCGAGGAGAAGAGCCACCCACUGUUCGCGCCCGGCCAGACACUGCAGAUCAACGCGCCCCCGCAGCCGCACACGCCUGCCCAGCCCGCGCGAGUGGGCUCCGCAUUCCAGGGCAUCGCCAUGGGCGCGAUGUGA